GACUACUUUAUGAGAGAGAGAGAGAGGGUAUUUCGUUUUAGAGGACUCGCCAAAAUGUUGAAAUUUCCCCCUUUUAAAACCAUUGCUACCAUGAUCUCUUCUCCAUAUUCUUCCUUCUUGCUGCCUCGGAAAUCUUCUUUCCCUCCAAUGCCGUCUCUCGCAGCCGCUAGUGUUUUCCUCCACCCUCUUUCGUCUGCCGCUAUGGGCGACGAUUCCAGCAUGGAUGCUGUCCAGCGACGUCUCAUGUUCGAUGACGAAUGCAUUUUGGUGGAUGAGAAUGACAAAGUGGUUGGCCAUGAUACUAAAUACAAUUGUCAUUUGAUGGAGAAGAUUGAAAAGGGAAAUAUGCUACACAGAGCAUUCAGUGUGUUCUUGUUCAACUCGAAAUAUGAAUUACUCCUUCAGCAACGUUCUGCAACCAAGGUGACUUUCCCUUUGGUAUGGACAAACACGUGUUGCAGCCAUCCACUAUACAGGGAGAGUGAGCUUAUUGACGAAAACGCCCUUGGGGUGAGGAAUGCUGCACAGAGGAAGCUCCUGGAUGAACUCGGCAUCCCUGGAGCAGAUGUUCCGGUUGAUGAGUUCACUCCAUUGGGUCGCAUUCUAUACAAGGCCGCAUCGGAUGGAAAGUGGGGAGAACAUGAACUUGAUUACCUGCUGUUUAUGGUACGUGAUGUUGGUUUGGAUCCGAACCCAGAUGAAGUGAAAGAUGUAAAAUAUGUGAACCGGGAAGAGCUGAAGGAAUUGGUAAGGAAGGCGGAUGCUGGUGAAGAGGGUGUGAAGCUGUCCCCGUGGUUCAAAUUGAUUGUCGAUAAUUUCUUGUUUCAGUGGUGGGAUCGACUCCAUAAGGGAACCCUAACCGAAGCUAUUGAUAUGAAAACAAUCCACAAACUCACAUAAAAACACUACACUAGUAGGAGAGAGGAUUAUAUGAGAUAUUUGUUAUAUGUGAAAUUGAAAUUCAGAUGAAUGCUUGUAUUUAUUUCUAUUUGGACAAACUUCAACUUCUUUUUGCUACCUUAUCAGAACAAUUUCUAGCUGGAGGGCGGGGAAGCAAUAAUAUGUGCAUGUUUUGCAUGCUAA